AUGCCUCCCAAUCAUGCCCACUUUAGCAUCAUUCCCACCGAGUUACUUGGUCGCCCAUCACUUCUGUCUAUCCGUCGUCAACAACUCGAUGAACAAACAAAGGUGAAGGCUGCAACUGCGGCUCUGAAUCCUCCUCUUGCACCAUCUCUGAGUCAACCUGUCAUCAAUGUGAAUUUUCUACCUGAAAUGUUCCAGCCUGUCCAAGCCAUAGAUCCCAUUCCAACCCAUAUUCCUGCAGCCUUGGCACCGCUCCCUGGUGUGCAUGCUACUGCAUCCUUGUUGUUACCAACUCAGCUUGCUACUCCUGGGCUGAGGAUGAGUCUUGCUGAUUUUUGUGUUGCUUUUGAUGUUUCCAAUGCUCUGCAGGCUAAACUCUCAAAUAAUAGGUUCACAUCCUCACAUUCUCUUCGCUUUGCUUCUUUGGAUGAUCUCAAAACUAUUGGGAUACUUUGUGGCGAGCUUGCACAACUCAAGGAUGCUGUUUGUCGCUGGUGCAGCGAGUAA